AGGAAAACAAGGGUGCCAAUGAGGCGCACGUAGUCGACCCGUGUCGUACGCCUGCCACUUGUCGCAACUACAUGACGCCGUCGUCGGCUGUACGUGUCGUGCCCGACAGGCACGCCAUGUGGCCGGGGGCAGCUCUACAGGAUGAGGCUUGGCGGCCGCGAGCGUGGUGCGACGCAAGGUAGCCCCGAGUACCGUGGCGGCGGCCCGGUAGCAGCAUGAACGAGACGUGCCUGUCCCGCGUGCCGCCAGAGAAGCUCCAUGAGCCUGUCACUGUGGCCCUGUUCUUCGUGCUGGGCUCCAUCAAUGCGCUGGUCAUCUUCGGCAACCUGCUGGUCAUUGUCGCCGUGCUGGCCUCAACGAAGCUGCGCACUGUCACCAACUACUUCGUGGUGUCAUUGGCUGUGGCUGACUUGUCGGUUGGGCUCACCGUGCUGCCAUACUCGAUUGUGUUGGAGGUGCUCGAGGUGUGGAUCUUCGGUCACACCUGGUGCCAGAUAUGGCUUGCUGUGGACGUGUGGCUCUGCACAUCAUCCAUUCUGAAUCUGUGCGCCAUCAGCGUAGACCGCUAUUUGGCCAUCACGCGGCCGGUUCGCUACCGGAGCCUCAUGUCAUCACGCCGCGCCAAGCUGCUCAUCGUGGCGGUGUGGGUGAUCGCCUUUGUCAUCUGCUUCCCGCCGCUCGUUGGGUGGAACGACGGCGGGUCUCAAAACAGCGUGCCUUACCUCGGGUCCAAUGAGACCUUGCACAAUACGAGCAUCGCUGCCGAUGGCCCGUUGCCGCUCUGCAAGUCCGCACAAUGUGUGCUGAUCAACAACAAGGGCUACGUCAUCUACUCGGCCUUGGGCUCUUUCUACAUACCGAUGUUGUUCAUGCUGUUUUUCAACUACCGCAUAUACCGUGCAGCCAUCCAGACUGGGCGCGCCCUUGAGCGAGGCUUCAUAACCACAAAGUCAGGAAAAAUCAAGGGACGCACAACGGACCAGAGGCUCACACUGCGCGUACACCGCGGUAAUGAUUCCGCUAUGAACGCCAAGCGAGGUAGCGAGCACCUCGGUGCUGAGACCUGCAUCGAUGGCAUCGUCACCGGUCGUCGUCGGCCAGGACUCAAGAAGUCGCGCGACGAGCCGUCAGCCAGUGCCCGGUCGUCAGCCAGCAAAGCACGUCAGCAAAGUGACCAGCGGACCACACGCUCGGCGCCGCCCUCGUUCAAGUCGAACAGGGGCAGCGCCCGCAACAGUGGACGCAACGGCACUUCCACGUCUAGCGGCGGCGGAAAGGGCUCGCGCUCGAGCAAACGCAGUCAACGGUGGCAGGCCAAGAGAUUCCGCACUGAGGCCAAAGCCACCAAGACCGUGGGCACCAUAGUGGGUGGCUUUAUAUGCUGCUGGCUGCCCUUCUUCACAGUGUACCUGGUGCGUGCAUUCUGCGAGCACUGCAUCCCCAACCUGCUGUUCUCGGUCUUCUUCUGGCUCGGAUACUGCAACUCGGCCAUCAACCCGCUCAUCUACGUGCUUGUCAGCAAGGACUUUCGGCUGGCCUUUAAGCGCAUCCUGUGUCGAUGCCGCCUCAAAGAGGGUGGCGUCUCGUCACUCAUCAAACAGAUCCACAUGCUCACCGUGCUCGACGACGCACCCCCGGAUAACGCCGAGUCGCCCUAGAAUCCUGGUCACAGCCUUCUCCUGGCCGCACUGUCAGGACAUUCACGCGGAGCACCACUGCUUCUUCGCACUUCACCCGCUCAUUGCACCGCGCGUCUUUGCCGUAGUGACUUUGUCGGUGUCCAUCUCACGGCUGUAAUGUCCGCUUCCUCACCCACGUGAGUCACCACUAUAGCCACAGAGCAAACGUGCCAGUUCCAGGACGCGUCUGCCACACGUUUGUCACACUAUCAGUUGUUAACUGUGUGUACACACUAAGUGUAUCGUUGUUACUAGACGUUUGUGAUCGUCCCUGCAAUGAUGCGCGCACUGGGCACGUACUCGUGCGUAACAGUAUGAUCUCUUUCAUGUUUUGUCUAGCCCAGAAGAUGUGAGGAAUCUGCAAGCAUCCUAGAGUGGUCGAAAGUCUAGUGAGCUGCAUCCACUGGGCCCAUAUUCGUACUAAGAACACUGUGUUUCUAACAGAAAGUGCCGUGUAGAUUACAUGCGCUUAUUUAUACAAUAAGUAACAAUGCUUUGAAAACGCAAUGAAGGCCACUUCACAAAUAACUAAGCAAGAGCACCCAGCUCUCAUGUGAACUAUGAGGAAGUUGUCUCCAUUCUUGUUUUUCAUGUAUUGUGCAUAUCCUUCCUUAUUCGAUAAAUGAAGUCAGUUGAUUAAGGGCGUGUCCUGAAGUACACAUUUAUUUUAAUUUUAAAUUGAAUUUUUACUUCGGUUUGAACGGGAACCUUCAUUUCACUUUCUAUUUUUUUUUUCCGUGACUGCAGUUAUGCCCAGCAGUAUCCAGCAAGUUCCACGCGAUACGGACACUUUAACUUCUAAGUUCGGUAGUCAAAGUAUUGUUAUUGCAUUUCGUAA